GUUAUGAUGGUUACUUCACGGUGCUGGCAUUCCCCUGCAACCAGUUUGGUGACCAGGAACCUGACAAAGCUGCUGAUGUGGCAGAGGCCAUGAGCAAGGAGUAUGGAGUCGAGUUUCCCAUACUCGAUAAAAUUAAUGUCUUUGGGGAGAAUUCCAGCCCAGCCUUCCGCAACCUAGUUGAACAAUCAUCAGUGGAGCCCGAGUGGAAUUUCUACAAGUAUUUGGUAAGCCACGAUGGCGUCGUCCUCAAAGCCUGGGGCACCCGCACCGAGAUGGAGGAAAUUUUCUCUGAAAUACAAGAGGCCGUCGAUGCCGCUAAACUGGCGGCCAAAGAGUCCGGGAACGAGCCACUUAAAAAGGAUCCUUACGAUCAGAAAGAAGAGAAACAAGAGCUUUAGGAAACGUAGCCAUCUUGCACCCCGCCAUACUUUGAUGAAUGUAUGCACGCUCCUCAUAUCUUGAUUUGAUAUUAUGGUUGAGUUGAACAGGGCAAUUCUUGCACGCCAUAAAUCGCUCAAUCGUCAUGGGUGAGGAUAGAGAAUCUUUGAUCGAUUUCUCAAUUUAAUUCAAAUAUUUUCUUUCCUGGAACAUGAUGUUAUAUGUGAACGAGUUGUCUGGAAUCAUCAUAAUAAUUUCUUUAUCAACCUCUUUGGUUUUAUCAGUGCCUAGAGAAAGACCAGUUUGAUGUUCACCUAUCAACAUUAUCCUUGAGUCGAUCACACUCGAUUGCUUUGCGCAAGAGUGGUGGGAAUUGAUCUUUUUCCAUAAUGCUUGCUCGCGGGUUAGUUUUAAGAUGGUUGAGAAUCUCAUUGUACUUACUAUUUAAAGACUGCUCUUACUAUCACAUUUAAUUAUUGUUACUCGAUUUACGACUCCAUAUAAUGACGGACGUAUCCUCCUGCGCGACGCUUGGCUGCUUUCAACGUUCAAGACAUGCCCUGUAAUUAGAAUAAUUAUAUGAUCAGAUGGCUUCAAUUACGGCAGCUGUGUCUAGAAGCGAUAUACAUAGGAUGUUUUAGAAUAGAACUUUUUCAGUUAUGCUUAGUGGGCUAUAGAUCUGAAACUACAAGGGCUUGGUCCUUGUUAGGCUAAUAUGAUUUCCUACUCGUUCUUUAAUCCCGGUUUUGGGUAACCUUUUUAUUAUACUUGGCAACAUUCCUCACUAAUUUUCAAGCCAUUGAACACCAGAUAUUCCAGUCUUGUGCAUUCCUCCUUCGUCAUUCGCGUCUCAUCGCGAUUAAAUAGUUAACCCGUUACGACCUUGAUUUUGUGAUUGGAUAUAGUGAAGCAAGAUAGGAGUUAGUUAGUUCGUAAACCUUCGUGGUCAUCGAGUAUGACUUGCCUUGUUGAAUGUUGCCUCUCUGUACCUGUUCGCUCAAUUCCAAGCGGGCCUGAAUUUUCGGUGCUUUUGUGGUAAUCCAAGCUAGAGGUAAUGGCGGUGUCUGCAAUGUCUGAUUACUACUUAAAUUCUCUUGUUCGUAUUCUAUUUCUCUUCUUUGAAAGAUCAGCAUAAUCCGUGUUCCUUAUUGAAAUAUUAUGAAUUUUUGUUGAUUUUCUGCUUAAAUGAUUGAUUCUGUGAAAUCAAAACAAGAAAAGAGCAACACGUAGAAAUUGACUAGUGUUGAAGUUUCAAUUUUUUUUUCAGUUUAAAUAUAAAUCUUUUCGUGACCGAGUCAAAGUAGUUCGGGGCUCUUGUUAUCGUGGCAUGUUUCAUAAUUUAGUUCUUUUAUGGUUGUUAUGGAUAGUUAAUUAUGAUAAUUAUGGGAGGUAGCUGCAGCAAUAAUUAGUUUGUCAUAUAAGUUGUCUCAAAUCAAUGUCUUCCUCUCAAAUAAUUUUAGGGAAUAUUUUUUUACUGGUAAUUACUUUAGCAUCUUACUCGUUAGAAUAGCACUUUUUACGUUGCUUUGUUGGCAGCUCUUCAUAUGAAUAAAUUUCGGAGAGUUAA